UCUUGUUUUUUUUACCGUACUUGAUAACGACGUCCGUAUAUAUUCUUUGAUCGAAAGAAAACGCAGUAAAUGGUCAAAAUGUCUCUCAAAGUGGUCAUUUUCGUCGCUGUACUCGCAGCCAUUGUCAAUGCGAAACCGUAUCGCGGUUAUGUCGUGCCACUGUACGACAAGAAUAUAGUCGCAGGACAUGAAUCUAAUCCAGGACAAUAUCCGUGGCAAGUCUCUUUGCAAUGGGGCUUGCCUUCGUCUGGCUACAUUCAUUUCUGCAGCGGAGCUAUUCUCAGCCAUCACUGGAUAGUCACGGCCGGCCACUGUGUUCUAGCUGUUCCAGCUUACGGUGAUUUCAUCGUUAAAACUGGAAAGCACAACUUGGGGGCGGUGGAAAAUAGUGAACAAACUAUUCAGGUCGCAAAGUCCAUUAUACACGAUAAUUAUGUCGGGGACAUAGCUCCGUAUGACAUCGCGUUGUUGAAGCUUGCGAAACCUUUGAUACUGACCAGCACAAUUAGAAAGAUUGAUCUUCCGCAAUCGUUGGUAGCAAGGAACACGAUAGUAACCCUGACUGGUUGGGCAUCAACGUUGAAAGCUAUUACUCCAGUUUUGUCUAACAGGCUUCAAGUUGCCGAGUUGCCAAUUGUCGAUUACCCGACUUGCAAAAAGGCCAUAGACAACCUUACUGGUACUCCAUCACCUGUGGAUUCGAGGACCAUUUGCACCGGGCCGCUCACCGAUAGCUUGUCAGCCUGUAGUAGUGAUUCUGGAAGUCCGUUGGUCGUGAACGCGACGUACAUGCCUCAGCUCGUUGGGAUCUAUACCUGGGGACUUAUUCCUUGUGGAACCGUGGCUGCACCAUCAGUAUACACCAACGUGUAUUCAUUCGUCGAUUGGAUUAAUAACACCAUAGCUGCGAACUACGAAGAGAAUGUAACAGUAAGAUAUAAGUGUGCGAACAAAACUAAAAGUAGAAUGGGCAAAUUGUCAAAGUCAACUAAUCAAACAUUUGAUAGCUUCCUUAGGAGUGCUCGCUUAAAGAAAGAUUCCGGUUCCUCUUCCAAUGUGAUGUUGUUCUUCCGCGAUCGCGGAAUUCCUGAAACUCACCAUUCGAUCUCGAUUCCUCGAGGAGGGAACAAUCGCGUGGAAGAGAUGACAGUUCAUCACAUUCUCAGAAGAUUGUUAAUAAUCCUUCACAUUAACCUCGCGCUGUGCGUUGAAAUGGACGAGAUGAUCUCGAGCGUGGCGAUGCUGGCGCAGAGGCCAACGAGGAUCGUUGGGGGGAAAGACGCGGAGAAAGGGUUGAAUCCCUGGCAAGUCUCGGUGCACUGGGGCGAUCCAGUACGAAAAAUCCCAUCGAGACACAUCUGCGGCGGCAGUUUGGUAACAGCUGGAUGGGUUUUGACUGCCGGACACUGCAAAACACUGGCACCGCCCGUAGGAGAGUUCCACGUUUUCGCUGGGAAGUACAAAUUGGACGUUCUCGAAGAAACGGAGCAAAGCAGACUAGUGAACAGAGUGUUCGUCCAUCCGCGGUACGAUGGGAGAGUGGGACCGUACGACAUCGCAUUGAUGCAAGUGGAGCGGCCAUUUCUGUUAAAUCCUUUCGUCUCUACCGUCUCGUUGCCAUAUCCGUACACGAUCCCCGACGGAGAAGCGAUGUUAACUGGCUGGGGAAGCAUCGGCAGAACUCGUGUCCACGAGAAGCCGGGGAAUCUUCAGGCAGCCGUGCUGCCUAUCAUCGACUACGACGUGUGCAAAAGAGCGAUAGCGAGGUCGUUGAAACCGAAGGAGAAGAAUCCUCUGCACCCGACGAAUAUCUGCACAGGCCCUUUGAACGGCAGUUUGUCCGCUUGCAAAGGCGAUUCCGGGGGGCCGUUAGUGACGAGGAACGGUUUCGGCGAGGCGGAAGUAGUGGGGAUCGUUUCGUGGGGUUUGUUCCCCUGCGGUGGAAAGAACGCGCCUUCAGUCUACACCAGAGUGUCCGCCUUCAUCACGUGGAUCGCCAUAAUCAUGUUGAAUCAUUCUUAAACG